AAUGAUGACCAGUCGUUCUAUGCUGACAUUUACAUGGAGGAUGGUCUCAUAAAGCAAAUUGGAGACAAUCUAAUCGUCCCUGAAGGAGUUAAAACCAUAGAAGCCAAUGGGAAGAUGGUGAUCCCUGGAGGAAUCGAUGUCCACACUCACUUGCAGAUGCCAUACAAGGGGAUGACCACAGUGGAUGACUUCUUCCAGGGAACUAAAGCAGCCCUGGCUGGCGGAACCACCAUGAUCAUUGACCAUGUGAUCCCUGACCCAGAGGCCAGCCUGACAGAAGCGUAUGAGAAGUGGCGAGAGUGGGUCGAUGGGAAGACCUGCUGUGACUAUUCCCUGCAUGUGGACAUCACCCACUGGAACGACAGUGUCAAGGAAGUACAAAUGCUCAUCAAAGAAAAAGGAGUUAACUCCUUCAUGGUUUACAUGGCCUACAAGGAUUUGUACCAGAUGUCAAACACAGAGCUGUAUGAGAUAUUUAGCUGCCUGGGAGAUCUAGGUGCAAUAGCUCAAGUUCAUGCCGAAAAUGGGGAUAUCAUUGAACAGGAACAAACCAGGAUGCUGGAGAUGGGAAUAACUGGCCCAGAGGGCCAUGUGCUGAGUAGACCAGAGGAGCUGGAGGCAGAAGCCGUCUUCCGCGCCAUCACCAUUGCUAGCCAGACCAACUGCCCUCUGUAUGUGACCAAAGUGAUGAGCAAGAGUGCUGCUGACAUCAUCUCGCAAGCCAGGAAAAAAGGGAAUGUGGUGUUUGGUGAGCCUAUCACAGCCAGUCUUGGCACGGAUGGGACACACUAUUGGAGCAAGAAUUGGGCCAAGGCUGCUGCGUUUGUGACCUCUCCACCUUUGAGUCCAGACCCAACAACCCCCGACUACAUCAACUCCUUACUGGCCAGUGGCGACCUGCAGCUUUCGGGGAGUGCUCACUGCACAUUCAGCACUGCACAGAAGGCGAUUGGGAAGGACAACUUCACAGGAAUCCCAGAAGGGACCAAUGGCAUCGAGGAGCGGAUGUCCGUCAUCUGGGACAAGGCAGUGGCCACAGGGAAGAUGGACGAAAACCAGUUUGUGGCAGUGACGAGCACCAAUGCUGCCAAAAUCUUCAACAUGUAUCCACAGAAAGGGAGAAUAGCGGUGGGGUCGGACAGCAACCUGGUCAUAUGGGAUCCUGAUGCAGUGAAGAUUGUCUCAGCUAAAAGCCACCAGUCGGCAGCUGAAUACAACAUCUUUGAAGGAAUGGAGUUGCGUGGGGCUCCGCUGGUCGUCAUAUGCCAGGGGAAGAUCAUGCUGGAGGAUGGCAACCUGCAUGUGACACAGGGAGCUGGGCGCUUCAUUCCCUGCAGUCCUUUCCCAGACUAUGUCUACAAGCGCAUUAAAGCCAGGAGGAAGAUGGCCGAGAUGCACGCCGUGCCCAGAGGAAUGUAUGACGGGCCCGUGUUCGAUUUGACAGCCACGCCUAAAGGCGGUACUCCUGCAGGCUCUACCAGGGGAUCCCCCACCUGGCAGACGCCUCCCGUCAGGAAUCUCCAUCAAUCUGGAUUCAGCCUGUCAGGUACCCAGGUCGACGAAGGUGUUCGUUCAGCAAGCAAGCGCAUUGUAGCGCCCCCUGGAGGCCGCUCCAAUAUAACCUCCCUCAGUUAAGCACCCAAGCGGGGAAGGAAACACCAAUAUUCAAGGGGGAAAAUGGUACAUUGGUAUUUAAGAAGGAAAAGCCAUUUAAAACCGUUCAGAGCUGAAGAAUCAAUAAGCCUCAAGCCUUAUGUUUCACAAACGCUAUUUGCUACCUAGCUUUUAAAAUAUUGCUUUGGUUUCUGUUUAUGCAUAGCCUUAAUUUUUUUCUUUUUCAUUUUUACAUGCAUGCAGAUCUGACAGGUCACUAAGUUAAGAGUCUGUAAUAUACGUGUUGAGUGCUUGUGUGAUGCCGCAUCGUAAGGAGGGGGCGGAGAAAGCUGGGAUGACCGUGGCAUGAACGAACUAGUUA